AGGGGAGGGUGUCCCUGGAAUCUGAUCCCCCUCACUCAGGCUCGAUUUGGGAAUUUGACUUUCCUCCAUGUCCCCGAACAGAGUGAAAGAGAGAGAUAGAGAGAGAGGGGGAGAGGUUGUGGUAAGGCCCCGAGGGUCGGACAGAAAGAGCGAGCCAGUCUGAUAAUGUGUUAAGGGCGGUUUGCGAGACAAAAACAACAACAACAAAAAAAAAGCAAGGGAUGGAUGGAAGAAAGGACGGAAUGGGCAGACGAAAGAGAAGACAAGGGAAAGCAGUAGAACAGAGGAUGGACAGAGAGGUGAGGGAAAACAGCAACAGGACCAAGAGGUCGACACUGAAGAAUUUCCAAAAGAGGCGGGGGAGAAAGAGCGUGAAGAGCAGUACGGGUUGAAAGGAGAGACAGAAGCUUCGUAACUGCUGACAGGGUAGAAAGAGAAGAGGAGUGCGCCUAACCUGAUGGGAGAGCCCGACGGAAGAGGAGGAGGAGAAGUCAAGCUACAUUCGUCCGUCCAUUAUCUCUCCCUCAUACCUCAUUUGAAAGUUCAGCAGCAGCCCUCACAGGAAGGAGGCGUUUAUCAGGGUUAUCCCGUGCCAGAUCUCGAACAAACACCAAAGCAACACCGUGGGGAGCAAUAAUCCGGAUCGUACCUCUGUGGAUCUACGCCUGGACGCCGACGUCUUCACCUCAGAGAGUCGCGGCACUGACUUGAAGAUCUUCUCGUUCGUCUGGAGGAUGCAAGGAGUUUUGGCUGAGUUGGGAAAAAUAAAUGGACGAAUAGGAGGCUGACGAAGGACUCGAUUUCGUAAUCUGCAGCGAUUUCGCUCAGAUCGAUCAACAGAGCCUCUGUAGUAUGGGAAGUUUGUGAAUACGUGGCGUGUGAUACAGGACAGAGUGCGGUGUGGUUACAUGAUUUAUAUCGGGAUUAACACGCCACCAGGUGAUCAACUCAAUACUCCAGAAAUGUUCCUCUAAUUACUCAUAUUACGAUGACGUUUAAUAAAGGUCAGUAUUUCCAGUCUGUCAGCUGACCGAGCUCGCUCAAUCCAGGUCCUUAUUUCUUUCAUCUCUCCAGCUGUUUCAACCUUCUCGUGAAAGUUCUUAUCGAAAGCUACGUGUUUUUGGAGACCAGUGGCGGCGGGAUCGCACAUCUGUCAGUGGCACGGUUUAAAAAGACUCUGUUGUUGACACUUGCGAAUAACAUCCACGGCGCAUGAUGGCUUUUGCACGUCUGGACUGUGUAAAAGCGCAGCAAUCCGCGCCUUUAUUUAUGCGCGCCUGCUCUCGGGAGGAAUGACCUAACAUGGAAGCGCUGACUUCUCCACUCAUCACCAAAAUAAAUGAGGCCGGAGAGGACGCGUCGGAUUUUUUUUUUUCUUUCUCCUUCUUCUUUUCUCGUGCGCACGUCUGCUCGUACGGCUGACGUUUUCUCAUAAAUAUCUCUCCCUUCCUCUGUCUUCGUCCCGUUCGACCGAAUGAAACUCUUUUUGAACUGAGGCAAUCUGAGCGCUUCAGCGCCAAGUAUCAUGGCCCUUGCUGGUACGCACUAGCUCCAUUCCUUCCUUUUCAGCCAAAGCCUUCCUCUCACAAAGAGGGCCUGUAAAAUCCUCUCAGUCAUGAGUAUCCAGGGUAUGGAACUGUUUGCCAUAGCAGUGGUCAUUAUUCUCUUCGUGGCCGUCCUUAAGCAGUUUGGCAUCCUGGAGCCCAUGUCUCUGGAAGACGGUGAGCAUAAGCACGGUGAAAACCGACCCGGCCGUUUCUUCUGUUCACUUUUUUCCUCCUCUGUCUCGCUGUUGUGUCGUGGUCUUUGUGUGGUCUCUGUGUUUUGGUGUCUCGGUGCUUUUUUUUUUUUUUUUUUUUUUUUUUUAAACUGUGUGAUUGGUUCCUGUUUAUCUGUUUCCUGUGCGCUAAAGAUCCUUUUCUCUGCUUUUUAUGAGCACAAUCCAGCCUGUUAGAGCGUGGGGGGAAAAAAAACACCACAGCAACAAUAGACUGCGGUUUAACAUUCCUGCUCCAGGUUAAUGUAGUUAACAUGUAAAGAGAAGCUUCUAGGGACCGGUUUAGCAUCGUGCGCGCUGACGUUCUAAAUCAUCAAACACGCUUAGGGUUCUGUUCAUUUGACGUUUCUUCCAUUUCCAGAGGGCGUCUACUUUUUAAAGAAGGAACCAUUUUUACAUUGAACCUUCAGUGGUUUCUCCAGAAGGACAAGCCAAAGAGCCCUUAAGGCUUCUAGAUUUAAAACAAAACUUGCAUAUAACUAUAUGAAUCAUUUCUAAUAUUCUACUCUAUAUUCAGUCUUUAGGCCACGCCUCCCACCUCAGAUGCUUACUCGAGUUCAAGAUGGCUGCCGGGACUGUUUUUGUUUUUCCGCGACACUGUUUUAGCAAGUGUGCACGAUGCUAAUCCGGACGCUGUAAGGUUUAGCUACGCAAAAAUAAUCCUCCAGUGCAGAACUACAGAAGGAGUAUUUGGAUCUAUCACGACAUGCUCUCCUUUUGUUUUUUUUUGUUUUUUUAAUGUUAUUUUAUUUUCAUGUUAGCCAAUCACACAGAACAAGGCUUCUCUUUCGUCCAAAUUUGUCCCGGGCUCUCUCUUUCUCUCUGUCUUUAUUCUUCUUCCACUACAGUGCUAACUCUUUCUCGAUCUCGCUCCCUCCUUCCCUCCCUCGUUCCCUCCGCCCUCGCUCCCAUCGCACGUUCGCUACAUCCUGUCCGUUUAACCUGCAUCCCAUUUCCUCACCCCCUUCCCUCCGUCCCUCUCUGUCUCACUCUCUGCCCCUCUUCUCCUGUCUUCCGUCGCUCUUUUUCUCCCGUAGACAGCAGCGACAGCGACUUGGAGCUGGCCACCGUCAGGCACCAACCCGAGGGCCUGGAGCAGCUGCAGGCUCAGACCAAGUUCACCCGCAAGGAGCUGCAGUCGCUCUACAGGGGCUUCAAAAACGAAUGCCCGAGUGGCCUGGUCGAUGAGGAAACUUUCAAGACCAUCUACUCUCAGUUUUUUCCCCAAGGAGAUGCCACCACGUACGCUCACUUCCUGUUUAACGCUUUCGAUCUGGACAGAAAUGGCUCCAUUCGCUUUGAGGAUUUUGUGAUCGGUCUUUCCGUGCUCCUGAGAGGCUCCGUCACAGAGAAACUGAACUGGGCCUUCAACCUUUACGACAUCAACAAAGAUGGCUACAUCACCAAAGAGGAAAUGCUGCUGAUCAUGAAGUCUAUCUACGAUAUGAUGGGCAGAUACACUUACCCCAGCGUACGAGACGAAGCGCCGUCUGAACAUGUGGAGAAGUUCUUUCAGAAAAUGGACAGAAAUCAAGACGGCGUAGUGACGAUCGAGGAGUUCAUCGAGACGUGUCAGAAGGAUGAAAACAUCAUGAGCUCCAUGCAGCUCUUCGAGAAUGUGAUAUAGAGAUAUAAACCAGGCCGCUCGCUACAGAUACAACAAACUCCUGGGGGAAAAAAAAAAAAAAACACUCUUCCAUUAUCCAAAUCCCCUCACACGAAGCCGGGAGAACAGCGUCUGGCACUCCAACUUGAUAGAGACGACACGCAGGGGUAAAGAGGGCUGGGGAAGGGGGAAAGGAGGGGUGGGUGGUGUGGGUGGGUUUAUUACUGCACAGCACAAAGUACAUGAGGAAAAAAACAGAAGAGGAAUGCAGAAGAAUUCACGGGGGGGGGGGGGGGGGGGGGUGAAUGGAUUUUCUGGAUUGAAUAAGAUGAGAUCUUCAUUUUCGUCUUGAAGCUUCCUGCUCCAGAAACGAACAGAUCGUAUGGAUUAUCCUGUAGAUUUCACCGACAUCACAGUUCCUCCAGCGACCACCGGGGGCACCAAAGACUCAAAGAAGCACAAGGGUGGGAGGGAGGGAGGGAUGAGAUGGGAUGGGAUGGAUAAAAUCACCAAAAAUAUAUAUAUAUAUAUAUAUAUAUCGGACUUAAGCAUGCUUAUCCAAAACGACGUGUGAUUUUCAUGGUUUGCCUGCACUGAGAAUGACAAAGUUGUACAUUUCCCUCUUUUUGUUUUGUGGGCCAGUAGAUUUCUCCCAGAGGCGACACACACUACAGGACUCGUUUGUAUAGCGUGACGUAGCGUAACUUAUUAACUUAUUUCUGCUCGAAUCUUUAUUGCACUGAUCAUCAACAAGGCCACGGUUUGGCUUUUUUCUUCUGAAUUUUAACUUUUUUUUUUUUUUUUUUUUUUUUUUUUUUUUUUAAGUGUGUCCUGUAAUGAUAUAGUGAUUGAUUCGGAUUCAGUUCAGGGUGUGAGGGUGUGGCGGUAUCGUGAGAAGAAAGACUUUACCUUCUUCAUGCAAUUGAGUUAGAAUUCGAAUCCACACAUGCAGCGAUGUAAAUGUGUUCAUAUUAUUUAUUCUGUUUAUUUGAUAACGAAUAUUAUGAUGAAUAAAGAAUGCACUACUCA